UAUGUUGUUUUGACAUGUUUAAUUUUGAAUGCUUUCUUCGAAUCAUAUAACAUUUAUUUCGAUCAUAAAUUGAUAAAAAUGGAUUUUGAAGAAAAUAAUCUCGAAAUUGAGUCAUCAGUCGAUAAUCAGGAUAAUAUUGGAUCAGAUCUAAAAAAUAAUGAUAAUUAUUUCGACAAUGAUGAUAUAAAAGAUGAUUUUUUAUUUGAUAUUCCCGAAUUAUCGCGAACUAUUCUAUACUUUGGCAGUUCUUUGGAGGAUAAACAAUGGAUGUGUGAAAAAGUCAAGUACGAUUUUGACAUGAAUUAUAUGGCGCCAAUGAUCGCGUUAAAAGAACCAUUCAAAUUUAUGUCAUCCAAAUUUAUCGAAUCAAAUGAAGCUCUCAAUAAUUAUUUGGAUAAUUUUAUUUUCGAAUUGAAAAAUUUUUGCCAAGAAGACAACUCCGAAUCGGAUACAGAUCUUAUUAGUCUAAUAAAAGAUAUUGCCGAUGAAGAUUCAUUAACCACGCGAUUUAAAACAAAAACUGUCGUCGAAACAUUGUACGCUGGCCGAAUACGUUAUGGCACGACAAAUGGUCGCUUAAACCCACAGAUUAUACAACUUGAAGGCCCUUUCUCACUGAAUCGUGGCGAAAUUAUUUCCUUAGAUUUAUCACUUCUUAAGAAUUCACUCAAUGAAAAUGGUGAAUUUAAUUACUCUUUAUUUCCAGGAAAGAUUGUCAUUUUGAAAGGGCAAAAUUUCACGGGCAACUACAUCAGCGUGACAAAAUUCAUUGAUUAUUCUAAAUUUAUCAUGCCCGAUUUCCCAUUGAAAUGUCCACCGGUGUUACUUGACCAACAUUCUUUUAAUAUUAUUUGUGCUUCUGGGCCUUUCGUUAGAUUUGAUCCACAGUCUAAUGCAAAAUAUGAUCCAACUGAUACAAGCUGUGUGCUAGCCAUCGCUGAUUAUCUAAAACGUUAUAAUCCUGAUGUUUUGCUUUUGUUCGGUCCAUUUUUCGAUGAAUCACAAUUGGAUGCCAUACAAAAGUGGUCACUACAAGAUACUCUUUCGGAUAAUUCCUAUCCAUAUCAAUGGAGCUUGGAACGAUUAGUUCAUAAUCAGAUUCGUGCAUUGAUGGUUGCCAUUGAAGGACGAUCAAUUCAUACUAAAAUCGUAAUCAUACCUUCCUCCAAUGAACUAGGACAAGUGAACGUUUAUCCAAUGUUUCCUUUGGAAAAUAAAUUUUCCACUGAAUAUCCCACUGUAAAAUCCUAUUCGAAUCCUUCAUUGUUGAACAUCGGCGGCAUAGCCGUUGGCGUUACAUCGACAGAUAUUCUUUUACAUUUGAGUCGGAAAGAAAUUCAUAACAUCGAUUCGACUAACUCGAAAAUACAAUCAGAACGACUGAAGCGUUUGUGCGAGCAGAUUAUUUUACAUCGGCACUUUUAUCCAUUAUUACCACCAGAUCCAAGUAUCAAUAUGGAAUAUCCUCUGUAUCAUCAUUUAUCAAUGGUUGUCACGCCACAUAUUCUUAUUAUACCUUCUGUACUUCGACCAUUCGCUUACAAUAUCAAUGGAACCAUUAUCAUAAAUCCUGGUAAAAUGAUAAAAAAUACAUUUGCACGCAUCAUGUUCGAGCCGUUAAAAAAUGAAAAAAAUUAUUGUGGUUCUUUGUAUCAAUAUACCAAUGUAGAGAUAAUCAAGCUUAAACCUUAAACAAGUGAUAAAAUU